AUGGUCCAAGCAAAACGACCUCACCUCAUCUUCCUGUCAGAAACCCUAGCAUCACAAAAACUCAUUGACACUCUCACCGCACGUAUUGGUUUUGCUGGCAAUAUAUGCGUUGCAAGACAGCCUGAGUGUCAAGGGCUAGCUUUAAUGUGGAGUUCAGAUCUCAAGGUUGAUGAGCGCACAUCGUCCUUCCAUCAUAUUGACGCUGAUAUUUCUGAAAAUGGAGAACCUGUCUCUUGGUGCUUUACAGGCAUAUAUGGUUUUGCAUCUAGGGGGGAUCGAAACCACACCUGGUCCUUAGUUGAAACCCUAGCAAGGGAAAAUUGCUCUCUUCCUUGGUUGAUGGCGGGGGAUUUCAACGAGGUCUGGUGUAGGGCUGACAAAUCUGGUGGUGUACCUCGUACUACUGCUGCCAUGACUCUGUUUCAGACAACAAUGGUGGCUGCAGGUUUGAUGGAUAUGGGUUUUGUGGGAUGCAGGUUUACAUGGUCCAACAAGUUUACGAAGGAAAGAUUGGAUAGAGGCUUCCAAUCAACACAGUGGAGAGACCAAUACCCUUUAAGUCGAGUGAUCACACUACCUCCCUCAGACUCUGACCAUAAUCCCAUUCUUGUGGAAGUCAAAACAGAUUGUCAUCCACCUAGACGUAGUCCUCGGAAAUUUCGUUUUGAAGAAGGGUGGUUUGGCAAGGCUCCAUGUCAUGAGAUUAUUCAAAGAAACUGGGCAAGACCUCUUACUGGAAACGCUUUGCAACAACUUGGCACAAAGAUUCAUAAUGCAGGCCAACAACUCAUGCAGUGGCACCAAUUAGAUAUGCAAAAACAAAGAAUUGAACUUAAAGAAGUCCAAAAGAAAUUGUUUGAUAUCAUGAAACGGCCUUUCUCAUCUGAGCAGUAUGAAGAACAACGUUUGCUUCAUGCAAAACAAAGCCACUUGCUUGCUCUUCAAGAAAAGUAUUGGAGGCAGCGUUCUAGGGCGCUAUGGCUCAAACAUGGGGAUAGGAAUUCUGCAUACUUCCAUAGAAAGGCUUCAAACAGGAAGAAUAAAAAUACAAUCAAAGGUCUAUUGAAUGCAGCAGGUGAAUGGCAAUCAGAACCAGCUACACUUCAACACAUGAUCUUUGAGUAUUAUGCACAAGUGUUUUGCUCGGUGGAUGUCAAUGAUGAAGCUAUAUCAACAAUCUUUCGAGCUACACCAAUGAAAGUUACUUCAUCUAUGAAUGACGACCUUAAUCUGCCAUACUCCGAUGAAGAGAUCAAAGUUGCUCUAUUUCAAAUGCAUCCCUCGAAGAGCCCGGGACCCGAUGGUAUGUCCCCUUUCUUUUAUCAAAAAUAUUGGCAUAUUGUAGGCCUUGAUGUUUGUCUAGCUAUCCGGAAUUUUUUGGAAAAAGGAGAACUCUGGGCUGAAUCGAAUUUUACCUACAUUUGUUUGAUCCCAAAGAUUAAAAAUCCAACUGAGGCUGCCCAUUUUAGACCUAUUGCCCUCUGUAAUGUCAUCUACAGGAUUUGUUCUAAGGUGGUGGCUAAUAGGCUCAAAAGAUGGCUGCCUGAAAUCAUCUCUCCACUGCAGAGUGCUUAUGUUCCAGGCCGCCUAAUAUCAGACAACACUUUAGUUGCUACUGAGGUGGCACACUUCAUGCAUAAACUUAAGUCCCAGGAGGAGGCCUUCUUCUCUCUAAAGCUUGAUAUAAGCAAGGCGUAUGAUCGCCUUGAAUGGCCUUUUUUGCAAGCUAUUCUUACGAAAUUGGGAUUUGCUUCCCGUUGGAUCAAUAUGAUAAUGAAAUGUGUGACUUCAGUCAGUUAUGCAAUCUUGGUAAAUGGUGAAGCCACUGCCACGUUCAGUCCUACAAGGGGGAUUAGACAAGGUGAUCCACUCUCACCUUAUCUCUUUAUCUUAUGUGCUGAAGGCCUGUCUGCUUUAAUCUCUCAAGCAGUUCAGUAUGGUACCAUCAAGAGUCUGAAAAUGUGUCCACAAGCGCCAGUGCUCCACCAUCUUUUCUUUGCGGAUGACAACCUCCUUUUUGGUGUAGCUACUAUGAGUGAGUGCACUAAUGUCAAAUUUAUUCUUAGUACUUACGAAAAAGCAUCUGGCCAAAAGGUAAAUUUUACUAAAAGCAGUGUGGUUUUCAGUAAUAACCUCCAGCCGCAGUUGAAGGAAGACCUAGCUGCAGUGUUGAAUGUCAAGUGUGUUGAUGAGCAUGACCGUUAUCUUGGGCUGCCUCUGAGGGUAGGUAAAUCAAAAACGGCAAGGUUUCAAUACUUGAAGGAAAAUGUCUCCAAAAAGCUGGUUAAUUGGAAGUCCAAAAUCCUUAGUAGUGCUGGCAAAGAGCUUCUUAUCAAAGCGGUUGCCCAAGUUAUGCCCACCUAUGCCAUGAACUGUUAUCUUCUACCUAAGAGCUUAUGUGAUGACAUACAUAAGCUUUGUGCUUCUUUUUUCUGGGGUGACAUGGAGGGGAAGAAGAAGAUACAUUGGAGAAGUUGGGAGAAACUUUGUUUAACGAAGAUUGAAGGUGGUUUGGGCUUUAAGAACAUAUUUGCAUAUAAUUUGGCUAUGUUAGCUAAGCAAGGCUGGAGACUUAUUACCAAACCUAGCUCUCUGAUAGCUCAAGUUUUUAAAGCUAGGUACUUUCCACACUGCUCUUUUUGGGACGCAAGUUUGGGUGAUGCACCAUCCUAUUCCUGGAGAAGCAUACUUGAGAGUCGAUCUCUUCUCAAAGCUGUAGCAGACUUGAUUGACCCUCAGUCUCGAACGUGGAUUCAAGCUUCAGUUCAGAGGCUAUUUACACCAACUGUGGCUGAAAAAAAUUUAUGCAUUCCAUUAGCACACCAACCUGUGCAGGACAGAUUGUGUUGGAUCCCAGAAAAACGUGGCCUUUUCACAGUAAAGAGUGCAUAUUGGAUAGCUAGGCAACAUGUGAUUGGUAAUGUUCUAGCCUCUUCCUCAACUGGUGACCCUUUUCAAAUGCUUUGGAAGUGUUUAUGGAAGGCUAAAAUUCCUGGUAAUGUCCAAAUCUGUGUUUGGCGGGCAGUUAACAACCUUCUACCUACAAGAGAACAACUCCUCAAGAAAGGAUAUGAUGGAGAGCUAGGCUGUAUUGUGCGUAACCACAAAGUGGAAAGCAUAGCUCAUCUUUUUUGCAAAUGUCCUACUGCUCUACAGAUACUUUCAGGUUCACCUUUUUCUCUGAAACAAUCUCUUCUGCCCAAUUUAGACUUUAAAGAAUGGAUGUUGGAGCAAGCUCUUAAUCUAAAGUCUGAGAUUUUUGAGAAACUUCUAAUGAUCAUUUGGGGUCUGUGGAAGAAUAGAAACCAUAAGUUGUGGGAGGGCAGAUUGCAGUCUUCACAUGAUAUCAUGCUUGGGUGCUUGGCAUGGUUGGAAGAAUUCCAACACGCUCGACAAGUUCCUGCUUCACGGGUACACAAUAUUGUAAACAAAUCGCAGCCUGCAGAAAUCCCCAAGCUUAAUGUGGAUGGUGCUUUUCUACCUCAUGCCUCACAUGGUGGAGUUGGUGGUGUACUAAGGAGCUCGAAUGGAGGUUUUCAAUCAGCUUUUAUGCGACCAGUGCAGCAUGUUAAUUCAGCUCAGCAGGUUGAGCUACUAGCUAUCAAGGAAGGGUUAAACUUCAUAAAAACAUUGCAUAUGCGGCAGGUCAUCAUUGAAUCUGAUUGCUUGUUGGCAGUACAAGAUAUUGCUCGUACUGAUGUGAAUUUGUCCGAUUUAAGCAAUCUAGUGCAGGACAUUCAAAGUGUAGCAAACGCGUGA